CCCGCCCUCCCUCCGCUGAAACCAGUCCCCGAAGAGAAAGUCACCAGGGGGUGGGGAAAUUGUGACAACUCCUGGUAAACCGCCGCCGGCAGCGGGAGACACGGACGGGCUGCAGCCCGGUGGCUGGCAGCUCCCCACCGCCUCCGCCGCGGCGCAGCGCAGAGAGCCCCGCCGGGUGCCGCUAGCCUGCUGGCGGCCACAGCAGCCAUGGACUCACCGCACCGUCCGGCGCUCGCACACGUCUUCAGGGGCACCUUCGUGCAUUCCAGCGCCUCGGCGCCCAUGGAGGUCCUCCACGGACACCUGCUGGGGGUGGACGAGAGCGGGACGAUUGUGUUUUUGGAGCAAACUGAUCAGCAACAGCAACUGGCUAGGAAGUGGGGGUUCAAAAUCUCUGACAUAAGAGAACUGAGUAACCAUGAAUUCUUCAUGCCAGGAAUGGUUGAUACACACAUUCAUGCUCCCCAGUAUUCAUUUGCUGGUACAAGAGUAGAUCUACCUCUUUUGCAAUGGUUGACUACCUACACAUUCCCAACAGAAGCCAAAUACAAAGACAGUGACUUUGCAGAAGAAGUGUACACCAGAGUUGUUAGACGAACUCUAAAGAAUGGCACGACUACAGCUUGCUACUUUGCGACAAUUUAUACAGAUACUUCUCUUCUUCUUGCUGAAAUUAUUGAUAAAUUUGGUCAACGAGCAUUUGUUGGAAAAGUCUGCAUGGAUAUGAAUGACAGUGUGCCACAAUACAAAGAGACUACUGAAGACUCUGUCCAAGAGACAGAAAGGUUUGUUAAAGAACUCCUGGAAAAGAAAUAUCCAAGGGUACAGCCUGUAAUAACUCCCCGCUUUGGCCCUUCCUGCACAGAGGAUUUGCUUUGUGCGCUUGGCGAUUUAGCACAGGCUCGUGACCUCCAUGUGCAGAGUCACAUAAGUGAAAAUGAAGAAGAACUCAAACUUGUGGAGAACAUGUUUCCUGCCUACCAGAAUUACACUGAAUUAUAUGAUAAAAACAAGCUGCUUACCAGCAAGACAGUGAUGGCUCAUGCCUGUUAUCUUUCUGAAGAAGAGCUGAAACUUUUUAGUCUUCGUGGAGCUGCAAUUUCACAUUGUCCCAAUUCUAAUUUUUCGUUGCGCAGCGGUGUCUUAAAUGUGCAAAAGGUCCUGAAAAACAAUGUGAAACUUGGCCUUGGCACAGAUGUUGCUGGUGGAUAUUCAGCUUCUAUGCUUGAUGCCAUCAGGAAAACAAUGAUGGCAUCCAAUAGCCUUCAGAUCAAUAAAGUGAAUGAAACAGGACUAACUCUUGAAGAAGCUUUUCAACUUGCCACUCUGGGAGGAAGCCAAGUUCUAGGACUAGAUGACGUGAUUGGCAACUUUGAGGUUGGCAAAGAAUUUGAUGCACUGCUAAUCAACACGAAGGCUUCAGACAGCCCUUUUGACUUGUUCUCUGCUGAUAAUUUUGAGGACACUCUCCAGAAGUUCCUGUAUCUAGGUGACGAUCGGAAUAUUUCUGAAGUGUAUGUGGCUGGAAGACAAGUGGUUCCUUUUUCAAGUUCAGUAUAAAUCCAUUUCCCUUUUCCAAAAUACUCUGCUGAUAACUCUGCAUCUGAUUUGGAACAGACUGAUUAAACACAGUGCCUGACCAUCAGGAACGACACCUCAUUUUUGUUUAAUGUUUUAAAACUUGCAAACACUAAAAUUUUGUUAGACAUUUCAAGAAUUACUUUACCGAAAUUGUCAUAGUUCUAGAGGAAAAGAAUAUUUAAAUUUCUGUGUAAAACAGCAUGUGUGCAUAGAUAAGGGAUUUGAUAAAUAUCUUAAUUAAAGAGGACACCUGCUAUUCCUAGUGUAGGAAGCAUUAUGAAGAGCAGUGAGACCACCAUUGUCUAUAAUGCAUCUCAAUUAAAAAAAAAAGAAAUAAUAAAUAAAGAGAAGCCAGUGCUAGUAAAUUGAUUUUUCAGGUAAUGAAUAUAAUGGAAGAAUUCAAUUUCUGUAAUAUUAUAUUAUUUCCAAGUAUGGUAAAAUCAGUGGCAUUUGGGGGCAUUUAGAACAUUUCCCAGUUUUCUUUAGGAGUUUAUUUUUUAAGGUAAAUUGGAUGAGAAGUAUGUAUUCAUAAAAAAAUAAGGGUCCUUAUUAUUAAAAGAGCUCAAAUUUGUCAUCUGUAGUCAGAAGAGAAUUAGUGGAAGAACAAAGAAAUGGGGCAUUAGUUGCAGAGACAUGGCCUGUGAGAGUGGGAGGGCUGCAUUGUUCUGUGAUACCAUAAGCUGAAAAUGCAUUUCCACAGAAUUUGUUCCUAUGUCUAGAACUGGUCAGCCAGACCUUCCACCUACUCUAUUGCAAUCAUCUCAGCUGAGUGACAGCUGAAUGAAACCUGUGUAAAUUUAGAAGCAGGCAUUAAGAUACUUGAGCAGCUAUUCAAUGGCAAACAAAUUAUGAUGUUUUUCUGGACUAAAGAGAGUGCUUCAUCUAAUUCAGCUUCCUGCAGAACCUGCUAAAGGUCAUUUGCUCCUGACUGUUCAGAUAGAAGGAGCCCCUUCUUUCUGCAAGGAAAGUGAGUGAGUUUUUAAAAAGUCCAGGAGAAACGCUGUUUCUGGCCAUUACCAUCUUUUACUUGAGGUGGAAAUUUUUACUGGACAACACAGCUGAGCUUUAAUGUGCUCUUUGGUUUCUUUCAAUAUGGCAGCCAUAAUUCCAGCCCUGUACAAUUCCAGGUAAAAAGUGUGCCCUUCUUAUUUUGGGAAUCUGUGUGAUUUCCUUUUGUUUAAAAAAGCAUAUUUCACUAUUUUUUAUCAGAGACUUCUUUUCUUUUUUUUCCUGAAAUUAGUUUGAGAGGGGAUUGCUUCUUGUUUAUUAUGUUUUUGCAAGACAAAAGAUGUAAGCUUUAAUUUCAGUGUCAGUAGAGACAAUAUUGUGUUGAGUUACUACAGAUGUGUGGAAUAUUGUUUUAUGGCCUGCUUCAAACUCAUUUAAUUUCACUAAGCUUUGUUUCAUGCUAUUAUCUCACUGUAUGGGGAUAUAAAGGCACAGGACUUCCCUGUGUUCACUGAACAAGGGAGGUUACUGCACCAAAGUCUCAUUUCAUGUCUACUUCUGAGAGAGUACUUGACCCAACAUCACUGAUAACCUUCUGAUAUUAAAAGCAUAUUCAGAGCUUAUGUACCAUUACGGUUACGUCUACAUGAGCCAGUAUGGCAUCAAGUGGAAGUGUAAGAGCUGCCUUGGGCACUUAAAGCAGCACAGUUUUUUCAGUGUGUUUUGUUUUUUUUUUUUGCCAUAGCCAUUUAGCCCUACUGACCAGCAGGGGAUACUGGCUUUUAGGCACCACUGAGGUGUAGCUACGCGGCUUGCUCCUGGAGAGUUGGCUUGGUAUCUUCCCAGGGCUCUGUGCUCUGUGUGUGCUUGCGGAGGUGCAGCCUUCAUAUCCAUUAUGAUCAAUGAUUCCUAAGGCUUUAGGAGUCAAGAUCUGGGGAUUAAGAUUUCCACAUUCCAUCAGGGUGUUUUCCUAACCACUUUGUUUUUCAUGCGUCCCAGUCACCUACACAGUAGCACACAUGCUUGGCAAAUACAAUUGUCAGCUCUUUAACUUGGUUUCCUCAUUCAGGGGGCAUUUUUCCUCAUGAAUUUUGACAUGACUUUAAUUGACCAGAUUUCACAUUCCAAAACCAAAGAUCUGUGAGACAUAUAUUUUAAUCCUCCCAGCUACUGUUUAAAACUAUUUUUAGGGAGUUACAUGGUUUUCAGCUUUGGCUUUCCUUCAAGAAUGUUUUCUGGUGCAGAGAAAGAUCACACACCUUUGUGUACAAUGUGUAUUUGUGCCCUACUUCUUUACCUCCAGAACUAUAAAUUAAAUCAGUGCUUUUAAUUUAGUGGUAGCCUUAACUGUCUCUGACUGCACUGUUUCUCGCUAUUUUGUAGUGUUGUUAAGAAUGGGAUUCAGCAUUUCUUCUGAAAAAAAAAAUUGUGGGGGAGGAGGAGUUGCUUAUUUGCAAACUGUGAAUACAGAAAAACUUUAACAAGUUCAACAGUAUACUGCUGGCCCAGUUACAAAGGGAUGCUUUGGUAGCCCUAGGAUAACUGCUGCCAAUGAACUUUGUAUCUGAUUGUUGGCUGUGUCAUGAGCAGUUUAAUUCUUGUUAAAUUCAGGCACAAAGUAGGAACUCUGCCUUUUGAUUAUAGCUUUACUAGUGUCUAGUACCCAGACACUACCCAGUCUCAGAAAUGGAGACUCAACUUUUGAAGAAUCUUAGCUGGAGGAGGAACUUCAUUUGCAGAUAGUGCCAUGGGCCCCUGCAGUGCCAAAGACCAGAAGGAGUGAGGAGCAAGAUCUAUAUAGCAUUGCACUAAUUGCUGAAGUGCUUAGGGGUGAAGGAAAGAAGCCUUAAUUUUAUGUGAAAGGAAGCCAGUGGAGGAAUUAAUACAACAAAUAAACUGGGAGGUACUUUAACCUCAGCAUCUGAAAUAGAAUUCAAUGGAAGAAGGCUGUAGUGUCGGAAAAAAAGGUGAGGUUGGGUUCUCUGGGAUAGUCCUGAAAGCUUGUUCAGUGCAAUAUGGCUUACACACAGUUUAGGAGAUACAGAGGAUGUAGUUGCCGAACUUCUCUGAAGCAAUUUUGGUAAAGUUCCUGAGGAUCUUACUGUGAAGUUUCAGUCCUUGUGACUCUCUGGCUAUGUGUAGAUUUCUGAAAUACUUGUUCUGGUAGGGGAGGAUAAGCAGAUGAAAGCAGUUACUGCUGGGACUUGUAAAUCUACACUAUAUGCAACGUAAGACUUCAUAUAGUCUGUUUCCUUGGAUAAAUGUCCCACUGCAUAUGCAGUUUGAAGCAGGCCAAACGAUUGGUUCAGACUCUACGUGUCUCUUUUAGAGGCUAGAGUGUAUUUGGCAUGCAGCUGGGCCUCCAGUGUAGUUUUCUUCAAAAUAAACUCAAUUCUUGCAUACCAAAACCACCCUGCAAACUGAACUAAGGUUCUGUAAGAGAGGAUGAUUGAAAAUUCACUUCAGAACAGCAUUACUGUCUCAAAUCAAAAUGCUAAUGGAGAUGGAGCUGAGGACUUGGACUAUUUUCCUUCCAUCCUUAUUGUCACAGAACUUAGUACCUGAAGGCAAAUAAAAGCCUCCUCCUUCUCUUCCUUCCUCUUCUUAACAGGAAAAAAAAAUGAAUAAAAAAAGGUAAAAAUAAAGCAACCAAACACUGAGGGGAGAUGAGUAAGUGGAAGAAAAGAAAGGGAUAAUUUUCAGUCAGUAUAAAUUGACAAAGUGCUACUGACUGAAAAUAAAGCUUCUGGAAAAAUAUACACACAGCUGUUUCCAAAUGUCACUCCCUAUUAAUUCUCUUGCCAGCUUGUGGAUUGAUCUUUGUUUCUUAAUGUGUCUGUUGUGUUCAAAGUUAUCACACCAUUCAGACAAAGAAAAGGGUAGUUUAUGGAAAGCUUGCUUGUUGGGACAAUAUGCUUACUGUGUUCUAUGUUCAAAUGAGCACUUACUAUAAAAGGAAUGUAUUUAAAUUACUGUUACAGGUUGAUCUCAUUGUGUCACUUUAGGUUUUGAUUAUUAAUGACAUGCUAGUAAGUAUUGCCUAUGCAUUAUGCAGCAUUGUUUUAAUUAUUCAUGUGUGGCAAGUGGAGUUCUGCACUUUAAAAUGUUGCCUUGACCUAAAGCAACAUUUGGGUUAUAUUCAUUCUGCAGGGUCUGUGCAACCGGAAAGCUCUGUAGGGGAAAAAAAUAUAUGUUUGCCCACUGGACUAAAAAUUUUUCGUUAUUAAUUGUAAGUGGACUUACUGUUAAAAAAAAGAAAUGUUAAAAUGACCCUAUAUAAAAAUCUGUGCAUUGAUUAUACACUCAUGAAUGAAAAAACUAUAAUGGCUUAAUGAAAGCUCACACAAACAGUGUUUUAAUUUUAAAAUAUUUAGAGAGAAGUAGAUUCUUUUAUAUUUUAAUUGUGAUUAUUCAAUGCAGAUUAGCAAAAAGGUAAUAAUCCUUGCUAAAUACCUACUAUUCUACUGACAAAGGAGAAUGUAAGUAUUCUGAUCAUACAUUCAAAACCAAUUCACAAGUCUUGAAAUGAAGACUUGUGUAUUGUCUUUCAAAGAAUAUCCCAGUUUUAAAAUGAAAAUAUAUUAACAACAUUACUCAAACAGGCUGUUUAAAAAUACUGGUUUGAGCUUUUCCAGGAACAAUCCGUAACAGAGGAUAUGGUGAACAGCUUUUAAAAUACUGGAUUUCUGUGAAUAAACGGUGCUGCCUUAUCUGCAGCCUGUGUGUAGCAGCGGUCAACUCUUCUCUAAAAUGAUAGUGUACAAGUAGUAGGUAUUUAAAAACAAAAAACAACCAAAGGAUUUUGAAAAUUUGAGAAAGGACCACAAAAAGGAAAAGAAAAAAGAAGAAAUUUUAGAAGGGUGGUAUCAGAAUGCACAAUAAUGCAAAGCAGAAAGAAGCUGUAUCAGAGGUAUUCAAAAACAAGAUAGCAGUGAAGUUUUAGGUGGGAAAUUCUCAGAAAAGAAGAUAGAUUUUCAGACAAUUUUCUGUAAAAUCACAGACCUCAUUCCUUCUGAAAGCCAUUGAGGACCAACGACUGAGCACAUUUCCCAAGUAGUUACUUACAUACUUGAUAAUACAAGCCCAAAUAAUUGUAGCUAAUCCUAGCACAAUUACGUAACACUUUUCAACCUCUCAACCUCUACUUCAAAACUGUAAAAACUCCAGAAGAAACCUCAUGCAAGGACAGGCUACGCUUUAUCUCCAAAUGUCCUAUGAAGCAUUUGGGAUUGCCCAGCUUGUAGACUAAAAUGGCCUGGUCCUGAGGAACAGUCUGUGCUCCUGCAUGCUCCAGACAUCAUCCUCCAUCAUGUGCCUCAUGGAGCAGUGAUGACUGAGUUGGACACUGGAAGACAAGCACGUGGUGUGGCUAGAGUAACUGAAAAUAAGCUAGCUGUCUUAAAAAAUCAGACUGUUUUGAACUUAAUGCACUGCAGAGAGCACAGGGUUUUAAAUUACAUGAACACAAUGUUGAUAGUGAAUUUCUAGGUACUAGGUACUUUGGCUUAAAGUUGGAGCUUUUUUAAGCCCUGGUACUGUAUGUGCAACAACUCAUGCUUCUCUCAGGAGUGAAGCCAGCAAAUGACAUUGGCUCUCUAUACAAAAACCAAUAACAACAUCAACAAAAACAAUUCUUGGGAAACAAAAAGGACAUCAGCAACAUCAACAGCAAUCUGUUGUGCAAAGUUAAUAGCGCUAUGAGGUUUUUUGUUGUUUUUUUUUUGUUUGGUUUUUUUUUCCAAAAAGCUGAGCAAUGGUUUUGGAGUGCAGUCUCCUGGAAAUUUUGGUGGAAAUUUUUUCUUGGAAAAGGCCCCGAAUCAGCAUGUACUCCAACCCAAGGGGUCCCCUGUGGCUUCUCUAGAGGCAGUCACUUCUGUAGAAGUGAAUACAACAGUCAGGCCUAGACUCACACUUCCUCCUCUGGUCAGGACUCACUUUUAUUCUGGCUUUAGACCAUGGUUUCUCAUCUUCCUGGUUUUAGUUUGAAAGUAACUGCUGAAUGAGUGGAGUUGGGAGAAAGAUAGGGCUAAAAGGCAAUCUUACACCUGCCUGCCUAAAACAACUCAAAAUCCUUGUCCCAGCAAGUAGAUGCUAUGUUUGCACAGCUCUUGCACUCAGUGAUUUGGCUUAAUGACUUAAGUCAGCUUUUAACAAUUAAAUCCAGCCAAAACCAGGACAUAAAAGACCAAGAGGUAAACUGUGAGCAGCUAACAAAAACAUAAUGAUGUUUUAGCUUGAUUUGCACUUAAGUCACCAAAGGCUUUGCAUAGCCAACUGCUCCUAGGCACAUUUAGGUACAAAAGCUUCCUAGUUAUAAGCUUUCAGGAGAAUGGACCAAUCUUAGUGACAAGAGAAGGCUUUGAUCUCUGUGUGCUAUCUGGCUUUGUGGCUUCAGAGUGGGGCUGUAUCUUCCUUAAAAAGCUUUUACUGAUGAAGCUUUUAAAAAGUGGGUGCACAUACUCCUUAGCUGAGGAAGUUUUCAGCCCUUGCUUCAAGCAGACCUUCUUUCCCCCAAGGAAUGUUGACAUCUCAGUGGAGUAGGCUUUUCUGAUUCUGGUCCUUGGUUUUGUCUGCUUGUUGCCUGUUGUGUGCAGGCUCUGGUUCUUUUGUUUGUGAAAAGUGCCUAACCGGAGUUAAUGUUGAAUUUAUCCUUCUUGUUGUUCUCAUGUAGUUUCAAAGAAGAACAAUGUAUUAGAUAAAGAUGGCUUAUGCAAUUUCUGCUGUUCUGCUUGGUUUUGAUCAUGCUAAAUGGGAAGUCAUGUACUGUGGAAACAAAAUAAAGAGGCCUUGUAUUUACACCA